ACGCGCCCCCUGUCUGUGGAAGGUGAGCGCGAGUGUCUAGAGGAGAGGACACGAGAACGCGACUGCCUGGAUCGAUCGGAUUAAACUCGAAUUGAGUGAAAUAAACACAAAGGAGAGAGGCAGACUCGGCGAGGACGGGACACUGAAACGCCGACUUUACAGAUAGGUUUUGAUUUUCGACAGUUAUUCGCACAUUUGUAGGCAUUUUUGGGAUAUACCAACAGGAGUUCAUUGGUGAAAACCCUAAACUGACCCGCGCUGAGAAGGGUCCUGUAACCUGACUUUGCCUGACGCUGCGUUCUCUGAGAGAAUUAAGGAAAUAUGGAGUGACAUGCUGCAGAUUAGUUAGCGGAUUAGCGGCUUUGAGGACAUCCACCUCUGUGUGAGCACACAUUCCCUGUCCUGCUUCUGAAGCUUGGCAGCACUGCAGCCAUGGCUGACCCAGGCAUAAUGAGCCUUUUCGGGGAUGACGGGAAUCUGUUCUCCGAUGAGCUGGAGAGCCUGGGGGACUGUGGCUACCCACAAGGUCAGUCAAAUCCCAUGAGUCAACAGAUGCCCCAUGAGCACCAAGGUUAUGGGCAGCUCUCCUCUUCUCUUCACCUCUCCUCUCCUGCUGUCCCUGGACAGGCCAAGCUUGGCCACCAUUUUGACCACUUCAAUCAGUACGAACAGCCCAAGAUGCAUCCAAUGGACCAGCAGGGAAACCGGAUGAUGGGAAAUGGACCAGUAAAUGGCAUGUCAUCACCUCAUUCCCGCUACCAUGGUGCUCCAGCGGGUGCUGGAGGUGCUGGAGGCCAUCAUGUCUACCCAGGUGCACAAGGAGAUGGACAUAGCCAGUCAUUCCCAGAUGCUGGAAAUGCAUGGGGCUCUCAAGCGAUACCGGUCCCCGAACAAGCUCGACCCCCUUUUCCGCAGCAACCUCCACAACCUGCUUCCCAUCAACAUGGGCCUGCUGGACCACAGGGCCAUGCUCACCAAAUGGGCUCUUUUAUUGGCCGUGGUGAAUAUGCCAUGCAAGGGCACAACCAGACACAAACACCUCCAAGAAUGAACCACUUUCCACAAGGCCUCCCUCAGGAAGCCAGUCACUUCAUUGGUCACGUGGGCAUCGCGCAGAAUCCCAGUAUGUCAGGACCUGCCAUGCGCCACCCAGCACAGCCUUCUCAACAGCAUCAGCAAUCUAAUCAGCAGUUUCUCCACAGACCUGGCCAGGGCCCGGUUCAUCCAGAGUCUGUGGCUGGUCAUAACCCACAAUUUCCACAAAGCCCCUCACGGCAGCAACAACAACAGCAGCAGCAAGUCAUGGGCGGGAGACCCCUCCAAAAUAUGGGAUUUAACAUGCACAACCAGCCAGUCCCUUCCAACACCAUAAACAGCUCAGGGCAGUACCCUCCCUAUCCUUCGUACGGCAACCUUAAUCAGGGAUUAGCCAACACUUCAGGGAUGAGUCCCAAUUUGAGCCUUACCACCAGCAGCAACAGUAACCCUAAUGCGCCCGUGUCCCAGGUGCAGCGCUACCCUGCCCAAACAGGGCCCCAGCGCUAUCAAACACCUGGGCCCCAACAGGGACCAAUGCACCAGCAGCCCAUUCAUGUGAACCAAAUCAAUGCCCAGCCUAUGCAUCCAACUCAGAACCAGGCUACAGCUCAACAAAAGCUGCAGCAACAGCAUCUACCACCUCCAUCUCAGGGAUCGUAUGCUUCCCCACCUUCUAUGUCACCAAUGAGAAACUUGGCUACCCCUGCGGGUACUCCUCCACCCCAGCAGGCCCGCCCACCCAGCGCCGGUUUAGCAACUGAUGUGGGUGGCUACCCCGGUGUGCCACAUCAAUCUCAAGGCCCAAUGGCUCAUUCCCAGAGAGGAUCUGGCCCAAUGAAUGCAGCACAGCAGCAUCCCCAUCAGCAGCUGCCAUCACAUCCCUCACACCCGCAGCAACAUCCACAUCCUCCACCUGCCCAAAUGUAUGCUGCUUUGUCACCCAAUCAUAGGGCCACAAGUGCUCAAGGAAGACCUCCAGCAGGGCCUGGUACAAACCACACAGAAUCACCACAAGACCAGAGGCUGCUCUCCCAACAAGCCCAACAACAGCAGCUGCAGACGCCCCCAUUGCCUUUCCAGCAGCAGCAGGUGCACACCCCUCCCACAAUUCCCCCAUCACAGACACACCUGGCUGCACACCACCAGAGCUCUCCUCCAUCUCAGCAGGCAUGGGCACCUCCUCACCAGUCGCCUCCAUCCAUGCAGAAAGUGCCUCACAUGCAGCAUUCUCCAUCAGACACUUCUUUGGAGAUGGUAACACCAAGUAAGACACCUGCUUCAGGCCUGAACCUCCAACCAGCCAACUGUGACAUAGAGCAGAUGGAGAGUGAGCUCAAGCCAAAAAAAAAGAAAAAGAAGAAAGCCAAGUCAAGCGAGGGCCAGCAAGUUAAUGAUAUCAGUGGUGAAGCUGAAGGAGCAUCGUUUCUGGUAAAUGAUGGAGAUGGUGUUAUGACUGCCAUGGAUCAGUCUGCCGUUGAAAAGAAGAGCAAGAAAAAACCAAAGGAGAAGGAGCCCAAGGAGCCAAAAGAACCCAAGACUCCUAAAACUCAGAAGACUCCCAAGACACCCAAAGAACCCAAGGAACCUAAGGAGAAAAAAGUUAAGACCGCCACUCCAAAGCCUAAGAGCUCCAAAAAGCCCAGUGCUAAGAAAUCUGACUCUGAGUCCAGUAACAGCACCAAGAAAGAUGCAAAGCGCAAGAGAGAGCCCUCAGUCACCUCCGAUGUGGAGAAGACACCUCCGCAUUCACCAGAGGAAGAGGAGGAUGAUGGUAUACAGAAAAGACGAUCCAGUCGGCAAGUGAAGAGGAAGCGCUACACCGAGGACCUGGAGUUCAAGAUUUCAGAUGAUGAUGAUGACUCUCCAGGACCAAAGUCUCCAACUACUUCAGAGCAGCAGGAGAUGCCGGAUGCCGAGGGCCCUGUGGUGGAGAAGAUCAUGGGGAUGCGCAUGGGAAAGAAAGAGCUUGAUUCUGGUGAAGAGUUGGAAGUUGAACAGUUUUUUGUCAAAUUUAAAGGCUUCUCAUACCUGCACUGUCGCUGGGCAGACAUCGAGGAGCUGGAGAAGGACAAGCGAAUUCAACAGAAGAUCAAGAGGUUUAAAGCCAAACAAGUCUUCAAUAACUUUCUGACCGAGAUGGAUGAUGAGCCCUUCAAUCCAGAUUAUGUGGAGGUGGACAGGGUUCUGGAUGUGUCUGAAAGCACAGAUGAAAAUGGAGAGCUUGUAACUUUGUACCUGGUGAAGUGGUGUUCCUUGGCCUACGAGGACAGCACAUGGGAGCUAAAAGCUGACAUUGACCAAGGGAAGAUUGAAGAGUUUGAGAGGGUGAUGGCGCGUGAGCCAGAGCUAAAGCGUGUGGAGCGACCUCCCGCUAGCGACUGGCAGAAAUCCGAGAAUUCCAGAGAAUAUAAAAACAGCAAUGCACUCAGGGAAUACCAGCUGGAGGGAGUCAACUGGCUGCUCUUCAACUGGUACAACACACGAAACUGUAUUUUAGCUGAUGAAAUGGGUCUUGGCAAAACAAUCCAGUCCAUCACAUUCCUAUAUGAGAUAUACCUGAAGGGAAUUUGCAGUCCUUACCUCGUGAUCGCUCCUCUUUCCACCAUUCCCAACUGGGAGAGAGAGUUCAGGACAUGGACCGAGCUCAACGUAGUGGUCUAUCAUGGUAGCCAGGCUAGCAGAAAGACCAUUCAGGCUUAUGAGAUGUUCUACAGGGACUCACAGGGCCGUGUGAUAAAGGGAGCUUACAAAUUUCAUGCAGUCAUCACCACUUUUGAGAUGAUCUUAACGGAUUGCCCUGAGUUACGAAGCGUGCCGUGGCGCUGUGUGAUCAUUGACGAGGCUCAUAGACUCAAGAACAGGAACUGCAAGCUGCUUGAGGGCCUUAAGAUGAUGGACAUGGAACACAAAGUACUGCUGACUGGGACCCCACUGCAAAAUACAGUGGAGGAGCUCUUCAGUCUCCUUCAUUUCCUGGAGCCAGACAGGUUUCCCUCAGAGAUCACCUUCAUGCAGGAGUUUGGAGAUCUCAAAACAGAAGAACAGGUGCAAAAGCUACAGGGCAUUCUGAAACCCAUGAUGCUGCGCCGACUGAAGGAGGAUGUCGAGAAAAAUCUUGCACCAAAACAGGAAACCAUCAUUGAGGUGGAACUGACCAAUGUGCAGAAGAAAUACUACCGUGCAAUCUUGGAGAAGAACUUCGCUUUCCUAUCCAAGAGUGGAGGAGGAGGAGGUGGUGGUGGCGGCGGAGGAGGAGGAGGAGGAUCAUCUAAUGUUCCCAACCUGCUGAACACAAUGAUGGAGCUGAGAAAGUGCUGUAAUCACCCCUACCUCAUCAACGGUGCUGAGGAGAAGAUAAUGGAGGAGUUUAGAGACAGUCAUCCCACCGACCACCCAGACUUCCACCUCCAGGCCAUGGUCCAGGCUGCAGGAAAACUGGUGCUGAUCGACAAGCUGCUCCCCAAACUGAAGGCUGGGGGUCACCGUGUGCUCAUCUUUUCCCAGAUGGUGCGCUGUCUGGACAUCCUGGAGGACUACCUCAUCCAGAGACGGUAUCCAUAUGAGCGUAUAGAUGGCAGAGUUAGAGGAAAUCUCCGACAGGCAGCUAUUGACCGCUUCUCACGGCCAGACUCGGACCGUUUUGUCUUCCUGCUGUGCACCAGGGCCGGAGGCCUCGGUAUUAACUUAACUGCAGCUGAUACUUGCAUCAUAUUUGACUCUGACUGGAACCCUCAGAAUGACUUGCAGGCACAAGCUCGAUGCCACAGGAUCGGACAGAGCAAGGCUGUGAAGAUUUACCGCCUCAUCACCAGAAACUCUUACGAAAGGGAGAUGUUUGACAAGGCCAGUCUGAAGCUGGGACUGGACAAGGCUGUACUUCAGUCCAUGAGUGGGAGGGAGAACGCCGCCAACGGGGUUCAGCAGCUCUCUAAAAAGGAAAUUGAGGACCUCCUGCGGAAAGGAGCGUAUGGAGCUUUAAUGGAUGAGGAGGAUGAGGGAUCCAAAUUCUGUGAAGAAGACAUUGACCAGAUUUUGCAGAGACGUACACAGACUAUUACCAUUGAAUCAGAGGGCAAAGGCUCAACAUUUGCAAAGGCAAGUUUUGUGUCCUCUGGGAACAGAACAGACAUUUCUCUGGAGGACCCAGAUUUCUGGCAGAAAUGGGCAAAGAAGGCAGAGCUGGACUUAGAUGUGCUCCAUGGCAGGAAUAAUCUGGUGAUUGACACUCCACGGGUGAGGAAGCAGACACGUCACUACAGUUCUAUGAAGGAGGAUGAAUUGGUGGAGUACUCUGAUCUUGAGAGUGACUCUGAGGACAAGCCCAUUCAGAAACCACGGAGGCCUCAGGACCGAACUCAGGGGUAUCCCCGCAGUGAGUGCUUCAGAGUGGAGAAGAACCUGCUGGUGUAUGGCUGGGGCCGCUGGGGUGACAUCCUGUCCCACGGACGCUUCAAGCGCCCGCUGAGGGAGCGAGACGUAGAGACCAUCUGCCGCGCACUCCUGGCCUACUGCCUGCUCCACUACCGCGGAGAUGAGAACAUCAAGAGCUUCAUCUGGGACCUCAUCACCCCUACUGAGGACGGGCAGAGCCGCACACUGACCAACCACUCUGGACUAUCUGCUCCAGUGCCCCGGGGCCGUAAAGGGAAGAAGGGAAAGAUGCAGGCUUCUCAGCCUCACAUGCCACAGGCUGACUGGCUGGUUGACUGUAAUCCUGACAUCCUCCUUCAAGAGGACAGUUACAAGAGACACCUAAAACACCACUGCAACAAGGUGCUGCUGCGGGUCCGCAUGCUGUACUAUCUGCGGCAGGAAGUCAUCGGAGACCAGGCAGACAGAAUCCUGGAGGGAACAGAUUCAAGUGAGCUGGAUAUCUGGAUCCCACAACCCUUCCAUGCCGAGGUCCCCACCGAUUGGUGGGAUGUCGAAGCGGAUAAGUCCCUCCUUGUCGGUGUCUUUAAGCAUGGCUAUGAGAAGUACAACUCUAUGCGUGCUGACCCCACCCUGUGUUUCCUGGAGAGGGUGGGCAUGCCUGAUGCCAAGGCCAUCGCUGCCGAGCAGAGGGGAGCGGACAUGAUGGCAGAUGGUAUCGAGGGAGAGGAUGAAGACCCAGAAUACAAGCCACUCCGCAUGACUUUCAAAGACGAUCUGGAUGAUUUUACGAACUCUCCUCUGGAUGAUGGAAUUGAUGGCGAGGGUGGAGAAGCUCCUAGACCUGGGGAGAACGGGAAGACAGGCAAUCUGUACUGGCCACCAGCCUCUGCUCUGACCGCCAGAUUACGCCGCCUCAUCACGGCCUAUCAGCGCACUCAUAAACGUGAGCAGCUGAGACAGGAAGCCAUGACCAAACCUGAUCGCCGUCGUCGCCGCCCACGCGAUGACAUCCUCUCCAUGGUAACGGAGGGAGGAGCUUAUGUUUCUGAGGGGGCUGUGGCUUACCUGGCAGAAGGAUCGCCCUUCAUGGCUAAGGGAUCACCUUUUAUCCCAGAUAGCGCCGCCCUGCUGGCUGAUGGAGCAGCCUACUUUAAAGAAAGACGACAGAGAUGGACAAGGCGUGAAGAAGCUGAUUUCUACCGUGUGGUGUCCACAUUUGGUGUGGUUUAUGACAUCCACAAACAGUGCUUUGACUGGUCCCAGUUCCGUGCUUUUGCUCGUCUAGACAAGAAGACUGACGAGAGCCUGGAAAAAUAUUACUACUCCUUUGUGGCCAUGUGCAAGCGAGUGUGCAGGAUGCAGGUUAAAGCAGAGACGGAGCUGCCAGACCCCACCCUGAUCAUUGACCCCAUUACAGAGGAGCGGGCCUCACGGACGCUAUAUCGCAUUGAACUUCUCCGGCGAAUCAGGGAGCAGGUGUUGCUGCACCCUCUGCUGGAGGAGAGGUUAAGUCUCUGCCAACCCAGCCCCGACCUCCCAGCCUGGUGGGAGCCUGGACGCCACGACCGAGACCUACUAAGGGGUGCGGCAAAGAACGGCGUGAGCCGAACAGACUACCACAUCCUAAAUGACCCCGAACUGAGCUUCCUGGAAGCCCAUCGGAAGUUCACCCAGGGCAAGGGUGCGGAACUGCCCAUCAUCCCUGAUCCUCUUACCCCUCUGGCUCUGGUCAAAGAAGAAGAGGUGAAGGAAGACCCAGGAGAUGUGGUGAUGGCCAAAGUGCAGAACGGUGACACUGUAGAUGAGGUCAAAGAGAAGACAACCGAAGCUCUGUCUCCUAAGAAGGAAGUGAAGAUAGAGACAGCAAAUGAUUUGAGUCUUAAGCAGGAACCCAAAGAGGAGAAGAUAGAAGUGGAGGAGAAAGAAGAAAUGACCACCAAGGCGGAGCAGGUCAGUUUUGAAGAUGGCAUGGCUGAGGAAAAGCCAAUGGAUCAGCAGCUCACUCUUCCUACAUGUCAGGAUAAAAACACUCAGGGGGAGGAGAAGCCUCUCUCGACUACUGAGAGUAAACUGUCUACUGACAAAACAUCUGAAGACGACGACGACGAGGAGGAGAAGAUGGAUGAGGACGACAAAUCGGAAAAAUCUUCACAAGCUGAAGCUGGUGCCGCUUCUGAGAGGAAGAAUUUUGAUGAGGAGAGUAACGCCUCCUUGAGCACUGCCCGCGAUGAGACACGAGACUGCUUCAGUGUCGAUGACGUGGAGCCGUCAGCCUCUCAGAUGUUCAGUGAACAUUCUCUCUUCUCUUUCUGGCCCAAGGACAGGGUAAUGAUCAAUCGUAUGGACAACAUCUGUGAAGCGGUCUUGAAGGGCAAGUGGCCUUCCAACAGAAGGCAGUUCUUUGACUUUCCCGGCCUGUUGCCUGGCUACAGCUCCAUGGCAACGGACAGCCCCCUGCAGAGGCGGAGUCUCGGUGAUCUCUCCAUGGUGGGUCAGGCCAGCCUUAGUGGCAGUGAGGACCUCACCAUGUCACCACAGGUCAACAAGGAUGAGGCAUUGAGCCUGUCGGUGCCUCGCCAACGCCGACGUAGGAGGAGAAAAGUGGAGAUAGAGGCUGAGCGCGCUGCCAAGCGCAGAAACUUAAUGGAGAUGGUAGCUCAGUUACGAGAGUCCCAUUCUGCAGAAGGCCAAGCUCAGGCCAUGGAUCUGACCAAAGCCCUGCACGGCAUGUCUGCCACUUCUUCCACCACCUUCCCCAGAGCCAUGGCCUCUUCCGCAGCCUUGAAGGCCCAGAUGGAGCUGCUACAAGCAGGUGCUUCCUCCAGACCAAGAGCCAACGGCUCUCUAUUGGAUUCUGAACUGCCCAAUCGGAGAAAAAGAGGCCGUAGGAAAAAUGUGGAGGGGCUGGAGCUGCUUUUUAUGGGAAACAAGAGGGCACCACUCAAUGCUGACAAUUCAGAUGCGACCAAAGCUUUUCUUGAUGGGGCACAUAUGCCAAGACAGGCACACAGACACCUUUCAUCUCCUGCGCAGAAGGCUCCUGGUGAUGGCCUAGAAGAAGGGAGCCAUCUUAAAGGAGAAGAUGGACCCAGCACUAAAGACCUUCGGGAAUGGCUGAAACGGCAUCCCACAUACACUAUGGAUAUGUCUGGAUUUCUACCAAAGAAUGAGGAUCACCUCCUCUCCCAAUUCACCAAGCCCAAACAGAAAAGACACCGUUGUCGCAAUCCUAACAAGAUUGACAUUAACACACUGACUGGGGAGGAGAGGGUGCCAGUGGUUAAUAUAAGGAACGGCAGAAAGAUGGGAGGAGCCAUGGCCCCUCCAAUGAAGGAUUUACCCCGCUGGCUAGUUGAAAAUCCAGAGUUUGCCAUCUCCCCAGAUUGGACGGAUAUUGUAAAACAAUCGGGCUUUCUCCCAGAGUCCAUGUUUGACCGUCUCCUGACUGGGCCAGUGGUAAGAGAGGAGGGCGUGCGCCGCAGAGGCAGACGGCCCAAAUCUGAGAUCGCAAAGGCAGCGGCACAGGCAGCUGCCGCAGCAGCGGCCUCCACCUCUGGAGUUAAUCCUUUAUUAAUGAACGGACUGUUUGGAGGUAUGGACCUGACAAGUCUGCAGGGCCUGCAGAACCUGCAGGGCCUGCAGAACCUCCAGAGCCUCCAGCUGGCGGCCGGCCUCAUGGGCUUUCCUCCCGCUCUAGGAGGAGGGGCAGAUGCCAAGCACGCUGCUGCCAUGUUGCCUCUGAUGCUUCCAGGCAUGGGUGGCCUACCCAACAUGUUCAACCUGGGGGGACUGUUUGGAGGAAAUCUGGUCGCUGCUGCCUCAGCCACCAACGGCGCCUCGGGCACAGAACAGGCCGAAUCUGAGGAGAAACCGAAGCCCAAGAAGGAUGAGGAAAGUAAAGAGGAGAAAGAGAAUGACAAAGAAGCGGAGAAAGCGAUGUGUGAAACGGAAUCUGAUGAGGCUACAGGAGAUGCUGCUGCACUGAAUGCGGCUGCUGCCGCCUCUGCUGGCAUGUCGACUACUCCCUUGGCCUUUAACCCUUUCCUGCUUUCCACCAUGGCCCCAGGCCUCUUCUACCCAUCCAUGUUCUUACCCCCCAGUCUUGGUGGCUUGGGCCUCCCAGGCUAUCCCCAAGCUUCCCUAGCUGACCUUCAGAGUGCUGUGUCAGGGGCCUUGGGGGCUACUGGCGACGACAAGGAGUCCGGUAAAGAAGCCCGCGCUGAUCAGGACCAGAAUGCCUCCACAGCUGAUGUUGAAACUGCUGACAACACACUUGAAGACAGUGACUCGGAGGAGAGCCAGAACAAGACUGCUGAUUCAUCAGUACUGGAUGACGACCUGGCAGGACCAGCUGAGGACUCAAUGGAGGGUGGAAUGGAUGACGAUGAUGAUGACGAUGAUGACGACGAUGAUGACGACGAUGAUGACCCUGCUGAUGAGGAUGACAAAAGUGACUAAAGACUGAAAUAGGCCUUCUUACAUUUCCCUGGGGCUGAGGAGACGCUGACUGAAACUCAUGGUUAGUCCAGUUGUUUACAUGCCAACUCAAUAUCCAAAACACUUUUUUGAAUUUGGUUGUUUGGUUUUCUUGACUGGCAAUGUAACGGGAACGCAAAUAAGCUGCCUCUGUAACCAUUAGCAUAGCCAGGGAAGAAACAAACCGAAGUUAGAGUUGUGUGGAUGUCAAAAGGGUGUUCCCUUCCCCUCUGUAUUUUUCCUUUUUUGUUUGUUUAAGUCUUCGGCACUGUGUGGGUGCCUUCUAGAGGAAAUGUCCUGAAAUAUUAUAGGAAUUAAUCGUUCCAAUAGUGCUAUGCUGCUCUUUUAUUUUAAUAUUGUUUGGGUUUUUGUCUUUUUUUUUCUCUCUCUCUACUGUUGAUAUUGUAACGAGUAGCAUCUCAUAAUAUUCAGUGGUGUACAAUUUAACGGCAUUAAGACUCUCCGCUGCUGAAAGAGGUUUUUGUUGUACUGUUCUGCUGAGAGGAGCGGGUGAAGUUCUCACAUAUCAUAGCCUACACUCGGACUGUUCCCAGUCUCUCACACUGACAAUCCAAACGGGUGGGGAGACCUCUCAACCUGUGGAGACAGCAAUAACGAAGGCAGCUUUUGAAUGUUCAAUUUUACUCUCUUGACUAAACACCGAAACGUGUGAAAAAUGAAAUAAAUUACUGCAGUCAAAAUUGUCUCGUUGUAUCCAUGUUAAUGCACUGGUGUAAGAAUAAAAUCAGGUACCUUUAUCUAUUUGAAUGGACUUUUGUUACUUUAGCCACAACGCUGAACAGCAUUACCUCAAUUCUAACUAGCCUUGAAGUUUACAGACAUAAAUGUUGUAAAUGUUUUCUUUUUUUUUCUUUUUGUGAGUGUCCUUUACUUUUUUUGAACCAUCAUGUAUGAUGAACUGUAAAUUGCUGCCAACUGUAGUAAUGAUGCUUUUAAUAAAAGUGACUCACGAUAUUCGCCUAGGAAA